AUGAUUCAAAAUGCCACUUGUAGGCUUGUAGCAAGUUUUAUGUAUAAUUCUAUUUCUUUAUCCAUUUCGGUUUUGUUGGAGAAUGCAAGAUGCGGUGCAGAGCAGACCCAAACAGUUACACGGCAAUCAUCAACCAUUACUGUUGCUCCCAUUCAAGGGAAGGAAAAGUCUCCAGAACUUGAUGAUGGUGGAACUGGAUUUCCACCCCGUGAUGAUGAUGGUGGCGGGGGUGGUGGAGGUGGCGGGGGAGGCCAUUGGUCAGGCGGGUUCUUCUUCUUCGGCUUUCUUGCUUUCCUGGGCUUCUUGAAGGACCAAGAAAGUGAGGGACCUUACAGGGACGAUAAAAGGAGAUGAAGGGAUGAUUCUGAAAUCAUUAAAUAUCUGGAGUCAACGGACAUUUUUUGUGCUGUAUUCUUCAAUUUAUCCACUGCUGUACAACGAGCUUGCCUUCAUCUUGACUGCUAUAGUUAGAUGUAGCUACCCAUGCCUAAUCAAUUAUAGCGUUAAAUUGAAGGUGGGUCCAUCAAAUUUUGAACCCCAC